CAACUCUGAACAAAUGACAUUUUUAAUGUCAAAUAAAUAUUCCUAAACUCAUCAAUUUUCUAAUUCAAUAUUUUUAUACAUUUCUGUGCUAAAUUGAGUCAUUUUAAGCCGAAUGGAAUGGAGAUUCAACUCGGAUACUUGGUGAUUGUUUUGCUGCUCAUCCUGUACAUUCUGGCCGAUGUCAACUAUUUCAUUCGUUGUGCAUUUGUCUUCUCUAGUGCAAAAAUGUUUCAGACCAAGCAUAAAUUGACCGACAUCACAGCUAUUUUGGGUAUUUGUACUCCGCAAGAUGUCGACAUCUUUCUGCGGCACAUGAAUAAUGCACGAUUUCUGCGUGAAUUGAAUUUUGCUAGUUUGCAUUAUUAUGCCGUAACAGAUCUGUAUAAUCGGCUGCGACAGCGAGGUGGCAGCGUCGUUCAAAGUGCCGUCAGUUUGAGAUAUCGUCGAUUUAUAUCCAUUUUCCAGCCGUAUAAGAUACACACGAAACUAGUCUGGUGGGAUGAGAAAGCCAUCUAUCUGGAGCAACAGUUUGUUGGUGUAAUUAAUGGAUUUGUCAAUGCCGUCGCUCUAUCGAAACAUUCGUUUAUACAGUGCAAUGUAAUGCAUUUGUUUCAAACAUUUCCAGAGACGAUUGAUCGACCUGAAAUUCCCGAAGACCUUAAAUUAUGGCUGCAAGCCAUAAAUGCAUCGAGUGGCAAAUUGAAUACUAGCUAAAUUGUAAAUAUUGAUUGAUGUUUGCCACUUGAAAAGAAUAAACAAUUUGCCAUCUUAAUGUUUUAUAAACC